AUGGCACGAACGAGAGCAAUGGUCGCGGCCGCGGCGCGGACCACCAACGGGGAGAAUACUUCGCCUCCUCCAUCAAGUCAUGGCAGCUCCUCAUUCUCACCAUCCUCGACGUCCACAUCAACAUAUACUUCUUCAUCUUUCUCGUCAUCGUCGGGAUCAGAUCCUGACGACGAGAACGAUCCCGCCGACGAGGACGAUCCCGACGACGAGGACGAUCCCGACGACGAGGACGAUCCCGACGACGACGGCAGGGGUGAGAGAGAGAGCGACGCGAUUGAACCUGCCCUCCAAAGCCUCUACGCCCUUGGAUCUGCUCACCUUGGGCCGCUCGAUUUGAACCUCCGCCGUAUUGUUCGCGACACAUUUACAGACUUGGAUAAGUUGAACGAUACGAUUGCGGGCCCCUUCUCUCAUCGCUCCGUCGCCCUGUGGCCGCACGCUGCGCUGCACAAAUUUGAUCAAUGCAACGAGGCCACUGCAUUCGACUGGGCCUCGGUAUUCACAUUUCUCAAGCGGUACAUAGAUUGUCAGUUCUUCUACCGCGCUCAUCCCCUCGCCUGGGCAGUGGAUAUGCUCCGCACAUGGAACCGCUCGAUCGACCACCACCUCCGACGUUACUCCCCCGAAAUCCCCCUGGUCGUCCUCUCUACCCAUGUUGAACCCCGCCAACGUCUGCUCCAUGAAACAGUCUCACAACUCGCACCAAUCCUUGAUGCGAAUCCCUCGUACCUCUCCGACCCUUCCAUGACUGCUCUCCUUGUCCACCUCCGCCGCAUCGAGUUUCGCCUAAUUCUGUACGCCGCCACCCUCACCGUGGCCGCCGCCGAGCUCGAAGGCUACACCUCCUUCCUUACGCACCUCCGCUCCCGGUCCACAAAGGACUUCACAUCCAAUCUCGCUUCAGACCCAACAUCUGAAUCCUUCGAUCGACUCACUCUCGCCAGCCGCGAAGUCGUGAUCCUCCGCCGGAUAACUUCCGUCUGGCAACCCGCCAUCAUCAGCCACUUCCACGAAUUUGAUCGCCACACGACCCGUGAAAUCCGGAGACUCGCCAUUCGACGCUUCCAGCUCGAGACGUGGCAGCACUGCGCUCGGCCCUCGAGGCAGCUGGUCCAAGUUUCACCGCAUGUCCGCGGCAGCCGAAGCGGAAACGACGAUUUCAUCGCAGAAUGGUACGCGGCGGGCUCCUGGAUCCCACCAGCGGUCGACCUAAUACAUCCCAGGGAGAAGGAGUCAUUGUUGGGGUGGCCGGGGGUGCUAGACACUUCAAGGAUGAGUUCGAGGACGAGGAAAGAGUGGGAGAAGAAGCGAAGUCGUGGUGGUAGGGAAGAGGGACGAGGGGUGGGUCCGAUGGUUGUGCCGGAGGAGUGGAAGGAGAGGAGAUGUGUAGCGUUCGAGUGGGCACCGAAGCGGGAUCUGGGAGGCAAUUGGGUCGGUACGUGGAGCGAGGAGGAGGGAAUUUUGGAAGAGAAGCAGGAGGUGGAAGAGAAAGAGGUGAGUAAGAAAAAGAAGCAGGAGGAGGAGAAUUGGGAGGAGGAGAAUUUGGAGGAGAAAAAGACUAUGGUCUGGUGUGACAAUUUCAAAGUCGCCUAUACGUGA